AUGGCGGAUUCAAAUGAGUAUCGGACAUACCACGGCCAGUCUGGCAGCCACCCAGCAUCCCUCCAGCCUGCGACCGGUCGUUACGACAGCUAUGCCUCGUACCAGAAUCCUCCCCAAGCCCAACAGUUACCGAGGCGGGUGCCUAGCUACAACGCUGGUGAUGACUCGCAGUUGCUCACAUCGCCACGGGCACGAAGCGCGCAACCGAUCGACCCAAAUGCGAGAUACUUGGUGCAAGUCGGUGGAUAUGACCGCAGCGGGGGGCACGGAGGUUACGGAGGUUAUCCAGUUGCGCCAGGGGGCUCUGAAGAUGAUCACGAGUCGCUAGUGUAUUCGCGCGCACCAUCGGAGCAAUCUCAUGCAUCGCCCAUUCGCGCUUCCUCGCAAACGGGCUCUGCUGGCUAUGAAACCCACUAUUCUUCAACCCAGCCGGCCUAUAAUCCCCAGCAAUAUGGCCUCCCGCAAUCGCAAACGCAGCCAAACCUGAGCUAUAAGCCGCCCCAUUAUCCAAGUUCUGCCAGUAAUGGGUCGUAUACAAACAACGCUUCCAAUCAUCAACCUUACAAUCCAGCGGCGUACCAGCAGUCUGCGGUUGCGAGUCUGAGCUCGCCCAUCCUUGCCCGUCGACCGAGUGAGGCCGCGCACUAUGCUCAACCGCCGUCGACACCCCAGUCCUAUGGGCACCCGUCGCAGUAUCAACAGCCGCCAAUGCCCCCUCCCCGUGGAGCAGACCACCCAUACGGCAGUCGAGCCUCGGGAUAUGGUCCGUCUCCGACGUCUCCUGGCCGGUCGACAUCCAUCCCUGGGUCUACGAUUUACCAGGCAAUGCCUUCACCUACUAUAAACAAUUAUACCACUGCAAAUUCCCACUCUGUCACAUUCAUCCCUUCGUCUGCUUCGCGGCCCUCAUUCCCCGUCGCCGCUGGUUUCGGUUCUGAGCCGUCGUAUUCGCCAGGCAGCGCAUCUGUGAAUGGCAAUGCCUAUGAUGAGCACCCGCCACGACCCCCGGCUCAUCAAUUCCAAGGAGGCGGGACGUAUGGAAAUCGCCCCAGCAUUCCUUAUUCAGCAUCUGCACGUACACUUCCAACGCCUCCGAUGCUUCCCGACCUGCCCACGAUCCCUCCGCGACGGACGGAGACCUUGAAUCGACACCCACAAGCGCGACCAUUGCCUGGCCCUCCAGUGGAUAUUGAGCCUGACUGGAUUAAGCCACCGGACGGACCGCCCGCGGGUCACGUACACAAUGAUGAGAUGAUGAGAGAGCUUGAAACAGCGGUGAUGGACACUCAAGCCACCUUCGCUCGGCGACACAGCUCGAGAACAGCAUUACACAGUGAGAGCCCCAGUGCAAGUCUCACGCCGGAUGAGCAACAUACACACACAAACAACAAUGUCUCCGAAGUGCAAAUCAACUACUCCGCCUAUAGUGCUGACAGCGACGCCGAGGCGGAAACGGGCCUUGCGAUGCUACGGAUGGCGGAGGAAGAAGAGCAAGCGCGGCAGGAGCGAGAGAGAAUGAAAGGUCGCCGUCGACGCUUAACAAAUGCUUCUGCCAUGAGUGCUCGCUCAUUUGGCUCACAAGCAUCGGGCCCCGGCCCGUCGCCUCAGGACUCGUCUCCAAAAGCGACAUUCUCACGUGGGCCGUCUCCACGUGCGUAUUCUGACAACGACGAGUUUGCGGGCUACGAUUUGGCUUUGUACGAAGGUGGCCAUGGAGGCAACUUACACUAUGGAGACGAGCCUCUUUACAACCCUGAGGAAUAUGCGGGGCGCGAGACGGGCGGGACUCUCGGUCAUAAUCAUGGCUCGUUUAGGAGCUCCGAUCCUUCUAACGAGGAAUAUGGCAAGUAUGACGACGGUUACGAACACCCAGCGAUUGCUUAUGAAUAUGCCAAUCGCCUGCAUAACUUCGCAUCAAAUGCACGAGUUGAUGCGCUAGGUACGGGCGGACUAUCCGCACCAGGGCAUUACGGCCGUCGAAUGAGCUUUGACUAUGGGGAAGAUGCCGAAAGUCCGUAUGAGCAGCAACAAGCCGGAUACCAAUCAGGGGAUGAUAGUCCGUAUAAUGAUGCUCCUGCGGAGCUAAACUUUCACCCUGGCAUGCGACCGCUUCCCCCCGCCCCGGUCGAGCCAGCCAGAGAGACGGACCUUUACAGCCACUUGAUGCCUGCAGGCACAUACCGACCCCCAGAGCAGGACCAGACCGAGGAACAUGAUCAGUACAGAUACCCCUCUUCCAUCGCGACACCCGUGAACUCGUAUGGAGAGCAGUUGCUUCAUCCAUCUCAAGUUCCGCGGUCGUCAUCUUUAUCCGCUCCCAGUGGUCCACGUACUGAUGCCCCUAUCAGGUCAAAGACCGAUGCGGACCGCGCCAAGUACAAACAACAGCAGGAAUACCUUUGGCAUCUGCAGAACAAGGAACUCCCUCGGAUUGACCCAGCUGAUACGGUGGCUCCAACGCCGCUGGAUCUUCCUGCGAUCCCCGCAGCUCGACGCAAGAAGUUCAAUCCCUCGAAACUAUCUACGGAGCAAUUCAAGAAAUGUACGGAGCCGUGGGCUUUGAGUGCUGUUCUUUCCUGGAUCAAGGAUCUCAGCCAGGAUGAAACAGAUCUGCGUCAACACGCUAUUGUGGAUGCAAUUGUUGCCCUGUUCACUCACAAGGUCCCAACGAUGAAUAUCGCAGAUGCCGAAACUCUAGCGGCACGAGUUGUCCUGAACAUGCUCAAAGAGGAGGCACUUGUGAAGGACGAGGAGUGGGUCAAAUUCGGGCAUGGCCAAAUCUCUGGUGUUCUAUUCCAAAUCACAGGAACAGGAUGCUAUUCAUCCAGGCUUCACGAACAGGAGAUGCAUAUUCAGGAUACCGACAUGCAGGGCCGCUGUUACUCUCACCACUGUAUGCGCACUCUGAAGAAAGUCAAUCUCAAAACCCAGAUGAUGGCACCCCAAAAGAAGGUCGAAGACUGGGUGACAUUCUACAAGGUGCCAAAGGAAGUCUGGGAGUCUUAUCCCAAAAAGGAGAUUGAUCGUCAAAACAAUCUGCACGAGAUUGUCACGACGGAAGACGCCUAUAUUGGCCAGCUUGAUGUUCUACGGGAGCUGUACCGGGAUCAGCUAGCCCACAUGAACCCUCCCAUCAUCCCAGCCAAGCGACUCGAGAAAUUCCUGACUGAGGUGUUUGGUAAAGUGGAUGCUGUGAAGAAAGUGAAUGAAGACUUCCUUCUGGCUCAACUAAAGUAUCGCCAGAAAGAGCAAGGGCCGUUCAUCGCUGGCUUCAGCGAUAUCUUCCGUGAAUGGAUCCGCAAAGCGAAGAACGUCUAUAUUGAUUAUGCUGCAACCUUUCCCCACGCCAAUCACUUUGUACGCCGUGAGUUAGAACGGAACCCUCAGUUUAGGGUCUUCUUAAAUCAGGUUCGGGAGCAUAAACUGUCCAAUCGAUUGAGCUGGGAUACCUUCUUGAAAGCUCCGAUUACUCGGAUUCAACGUUACACACUUCUGCUCGCGACUGUUCACAAGAAUAUGGUCAAAGACUCCGAGGAGAAGACCAACCUGGCUCACGCAAUCGAGGAAAUCAAGGUUGUGGCGUUGGAAUGUGAUAACAAAGUAGGCGAGCAGAGCAGGAAAACCGAUUUGAUGGAUCUUGCGGGCAAACUGCAACUUCGCCCGGAGAUGAAGAAAGAAGUUGAAUUGCAUCUUGACCAUCUUGGCCGUGAGAUUGUGUUUCGGGGUGACCUACAGCGCCCAGGCACGAGGACUCGAUUCCUGGUCGACACUCAUGCGAUUUUGUUCGAUCACUACUUCGUUCUGGCCAAAUCAUUUACCGCAAGAGACGCAAGAAGCGGCAAGUAUGAGCGUUACGACGUGUCCAAAUUGCCUAUUCCAAUGGACCUGCUGGCGCUUGAAAGUACCAAUGACGAUCCCGUUGUCAAAUCAUCCGUCCGUGGAGUGGCAACUAUCACUCCGGCCCAGGGUGCCGCGAUUCCUGCGAACAACCCAGGGGGCGCAGCUGCCAACGGCGGAGGAGUUUCUCUCGAUUCCAAGGAUGACAAAAUUCUAUACCCUUUCAGAAUCAAGCACCUCGGAAAGACUGGCACUUACACACUCUAUGCGUUCUCGGCGAACAGUCGUCUUGAGUGGUGCCAGAAGAUCAUCGAGGCGAAGACCAAGCAUGCUGCUGCUUUAUUUUCACAAAAUGCCGAGCCUUUUAGGUUACGGGUUCUUGCUGAUACUGCGUUUGCUUACUCAGAUCAAUCGCACGGAUCCAAGAGUGUCAUGAUCAAGGGUACGCCCCUUCAUCGGGCCAUUGUGGAGGUUGAGAAGAAAUACGAGGGCGAAGGCAGACCUCCGCCUGUGGGCAGGACUGCAGUCAAUUGCGCCACCGUAUUUCAACAACCACCUGGGAGGAUGAUGUGUGCGAUCGGCACUGACUUUGGCGUGUACAUGUCUGAUCUCAGUAACCCGCGAGGAUGGCAUCGGGCUAUCCCCAUCAUGCGUGUGACGCAGAUCGCUGUUUUCGAGGACUUCAAUCUUUUCUUGCUGAUUGCAGAUCGCUCACUGAUUGCAUAUCAUCUCGAUGUAGUUUGCCCUGCUAGCGGCGUUCCGUCAAAGUCAAAGGAUUCUGCCCGCAGAGCUCCCCAGAAGCUCUCGGGUAACCGUGAGGUUGGCUUUUUCGCUGCAGGCCGGAUGAAAGACCGUUAUUUGGUCUUGUACAAGAAACGCGACGGUCUUUCGUCUACUUUCAAGGUUCUGGAGCCUAUCCUUCAGAAAUCAGCUUCGAACAAACCUGGCUUUUUCCAAUCUCGUCGUUCACAAACCGAGUUCUUCCGGGAAUAUGAUGAGUUUUAUAUCCCGGCCGAGUCUUACGGAAUUAACAUGUUCCAUUCUUCUCUCGCAAUCUCCACUCAGCGCGGCAUUGAGGUUCUCACACUCGACAAGAAACAGUCCUGGUCAGUACCUGAUUUCCGCUCCGCGAUUGUGGAUGCUACAGACACACUCCACAGCAUUGCGCAGCGUAUCAAGGAUCUUAGACCUCUGGGCAUGUUCCGACUUAGCAAGAGCGAGUUCCUGGUUGCGUACCAGGAAUGUGCAGUAUAUGUCAACAAGCAUGGUGACGUAUCGCGAAGCGUGGUCAUGGAGUUUGUGGGCAGCGCACACACUGCCUGUCUGUACGGGAAAUUCCUCAUUCUGUUCAAUGAUGACUUUGUUGAAGUUCGUAACGCCAUGAACGGGCGUCUGAGACAAGUCAUUCCUGGCCACAAUGUGGUCUGUCUGGAUGACGGCAGCAAGGUACCUGGCUCGAUUGAGUCAGCCAACGCAGAAAAUAUGGACGGCUUCUCUGCAACCGCGGACGGCAUUUCUACAACUCCGGGAAACACCGUGAAGAUAUGCAUGCAACAUCCUCAGUUCGAGCGCAGUCAAAUAGUACUCGAGUUGAUCGAAAAUGAGGGCCAAAAGGAGUAA